GCUGGAUGCCCAAAGUAACUUUCACAUACUUGAAGUCAUCAGCUCUUGCUAAUGAUUUACGAUUAGUGCUCCAGAAACCUGUUGACUGGGAACCUGGUGAUGAAAUUGUGGUGGGAAGGACAGGUCUUGGAGAUGCACAGCAGCAAGAAGAAGUGGCCAUUAUUGAGUCUAUAAAUAACACUGAGCUCUACCUUAGGUCACCACUCAGGUACUCCCACAGCGUUGGAGAGGAAAGAGUGAAUGGCCAAAGCCUGCCUUUGACUGCUGUGGUGGCACUGCUUAGCAGAAGGGUUGUUGUUCAAGGGAAUGUCACGAAGGAGAGGAUCUCCCAUGUCAGAGAGUGUGCAGAAGCAGGUAGCACAAGAGGUGGCUCCAGGUGUCUGUACGGGCGAAGUGAGAGGCAGCUGGGGUCUCGGGAUCUGGGAGCUGUUGUCAUUGUGGAAGCCUUCCAGGGAGCAACGAGUCAGCUGCAAGUGGAGGGGGUCCAGUUCCACCACAUGGGCCAAGCAUUUUGGCAGCGACGCAGCGCCCUGACAGUUGCUGGCAAUACACAGAUGGCAGACUCUUACAUACGUGGUUGCUGUCUUUUGGACUCCUUUGGCCAAGGACUCCGUCUGACUGGGAUCUCAAACCUUAGUGUAGACAGUAAUGUCUUCUUUAACAUUUCAGGACAUGGGCUUCUACUGGGAAGUGGCCUGGAGAAGGGGAAUAGAAUCAGAAAUAACAUAGUGAUUGGUCUUUCUGCAACGGAUGGUUUAUCCAACAUUGAGACUCUGUCACCAGCAGGGAUCUACAUCAGAGCUCCUGCCAACCACAUUGAGGGUAACACCGUGUGUGCUGCUGGAUAUGGGUAUUUCUUUCAUCUCUCUCCUGAGGGACCAUCCAAAAUGCCUCUCCUGUCCUUCAGUGAGAACACAGCCCACUCCUGCACCAGGCACGGGUUGCUUGUGUACCCAGAAUAUUUGCCAGACAGCCCAAACAGCCCUGUUCAGUUCAACAGCUUCACAGUUUGGAGCAGCCAAGGUGGAGUCCAGAUUUUCAGUAGCAGCAACCUCAAACUCCAAAAUUUCCGAAUCUAUGCUUGCAUGGAUUUUGGCAUUGACAUCAUUGAAAGCCUGGGAAACACAACUGUAGCUAACAGUGUUUUAAUUGGACGCAUUGGGCAAGAGGAUAAGACCUGUAUGUCAGCAGGACUGAAAACUCCCAAAAGAUUCCAGCUAUUCGUCUCCAACACAGCUUUCAGAAACUUUGAUAUGAGCACUUGCACAGCAAUCAGGACCUGCUCAGGCUGUUACCAAGGGCAGGGUGGGUUUACAGUGAGACUUGAGCAUCUGACCUUCACCAACUCACCUUUCCAAGUGUCCUUCCCCUUUCCACAUGCUGCCAUUCUUGAGGAUCUCGAUGGCUCUGUCACUGGGAAGGAAGGAAGUCAUAUUCUCCCGUAUACAGACAUCCUUGUGGCUUCAUGCACAACCAGUGCCAAUUUCAGCCAAGCUUUGGGUGGCUGUGUAUGCAGCAAGGACCUUGUUUUCCACCGUAUGUCUCUUCACUUAAGAGAGGCUCCAGAGAUUCCCUACAAUUUAACUGUGAUUGACAGUAGGAAUAAGACAACCACAGUCAAUUAUGUCCCUGACACUCUCUCAAACCUACAUGGCUGGAUGUGUCUGCUCCUGGAUAAAGAGACAUAUACACUGACAUUCGACAGCCCUUUGGUCAGCAAGCAGCUCCAGUAUUCAGUCACAUUUAGCAACUUCACAACUGGGAAUUACUUGCUGGUGGAACACAAGGAUCUUCCUGCACAACUUGAGGUUGUGGUGUCCUGUGGGAAAAGGACUGGACAGCCACUCCAAUCUCUGCCUUCCUAUGGUCAUCACAGGAACUGUGACUGGUAUCUCGACAGCACACUGAGGAAGCUAACCUACUUGGUCACAGGAGCUGACUUAAUUCAUCUUGAGCUGAAAGAGAAGGAAAGAGCCCCUUCACCUACAUCAGAUCCUUCUGAUUCUGUUUUGAAAUGGUCGCACCCAGAGACAUGGAAGGAUGUAGAAAAAGGUUGGGGUGGAUUCAACUGUAGCAUCCCAGGCCCAGGAGAAGACGUCAUCAUCUUACCCAACCGGACCAUCCUAGUGGACACAGAUCUUCCUCCUCUAAGAGGUCUCUACAUCCUUGGGACUCUUGAGUUCCCCACCAACUCCAGCAAUGUCCUGAGUGCAGCCUGUAUUGUGGUGGUGGGAGGUACACUGAACGUGGGUUCUUUUCAACAUCCUCUAGAAAGGGAUUCAAAGCUACUGAUCCUUCUUCGGGCAUCUGAAGGGAUUUACUGUGAUCAUCUGGAGGAAAUAAAUGUCCACCCAGGGAGUAUUGGGGUGUAUGGGAAGAUGCAAAUGUAUAGCUCUUAUCCUGGGAAGUCUUGGACACAUCUUGGAGCUAGUGUUGCCCCUGGCAAUGAAAGGAUUUUGUUGGAGGAUGAAGUGGACUGGAGGCCUGAGGGAGAUAUUGUGAUCAGCUCUUCCUCCUAUGAAGCCCACCAAGCUGAACUAGUUACACUUAAAGAAGUCAGUGGUCAUAGUAUAACACUCCAUGAACGCCUUCUCCAUAGGCAUAUUGGGCAUCCCCAUGACAUAGAAGAUGGCAGGCGCAUCCCUUUGUCUGCAGAAGUUGGACUCCUAACACGGAAUAUACAGAUCAAGUCUGAUGUGCCUUGCACUGGGAAGAUACUGGUGGGACAUUUUACGGAUUCCAGUGGGAGAGAGUUUGAAGGUGUCCUUCAACUCUUAAAUACUGAAUUUUUGAACUUUGGGCCUCCUCAACUUUCUGCUAUUGAAUUCAGGAAUGUAACUCAGCAGUCCUCAGUGGUGUCAUCCACCAUUCAUGGUAGCUGUGGAGUUGGCAUUAAAGCAGUCAUGAGCAAUGGGAUCUGGUUGCAUGAUAAUAUAGUGUUCAACACCGUCGGACCUGGCAUCGAUUUGGAAGGGAAAAACCAUUCUCUCAUCAGGAACCUUGUUAUUCUAAGCAGACAGCCAGAGAGUUUAUUAAACUGGGUUGCUGGCAUCAAGGUGAACCUUGUCAUUGGUGUCUCCCUCUAUGGCAAUGUUGUGGCAGGAUCUGAGAGGAUUGGAUUUCAUAUUAAAGGCCAAGAGUGUUUGCUGGAUGUUGAUUAUUGCAGUGAAAAUGUGGCCCAUUCAAAUCUCCACGGUAUUCAUCUGUACAGGGGAGACGGAUUUCAGACCUGCACUAGAAUAACAGGUUUUCUAUCUUACAAGAAUUAUGACUAUGGUAUGAUGUUCCACCUGGGAAGCAGCGUCAUUAUAGACAAUGUGGUGCUGGUGGACAACACUGUGGGUCUCCUGCCAGUAAUACACUGUCUGUAUGCCAAGCAAUGCUACACGGGGAAAAGACACAUUGAACUUAGAAACUCUACCAUUGUUGCAACAAGCUCAACUUUUGACUGCAUCAGAGACAGGAUCAAGCCUCAAGCAGCUGACCUGACUUCCAGGGAUCGACCACCACACUACCUUCAAAGAGGCCGUGCUGGGAUUUUAUGGCCUAAAUUUACCACUGUGACCAGCCAGAGGCCAGAUAACCCAUGGCACAAAAUUGUCCUUUGUCCAAAAGUGCUAGGACUCAUGAAGCUGAAAGAUGUCACAUUUACUGGUUUUACAAAGAGCUGCCACAGUGAAGACAGGGAUGUCUGCAUCAUGUCAGAUACUGACCAUUUAGGCAUCAUGCCUCUUAUCACGGCAGAGAGAUCGAGGAUGUUACAUGUCAAUGAAAAGGAUAAGUUCUACUUUCAUGCAGCAAGUGUACAGACCUCUGAAGACACCACAUUCCCUGAAAAGAGCUGUGAAGGCUCAAGAAAGGUCCUUAUCAAGGAUUUGGAUGGCAAUCUCCUGGACCUAGAACCACCUGUUUCUGUUAUCCCAAAGUCAGAAUUUGAAUGGACACGGUUCUACCUGCAAUCUGGUAAGUGCCUGUGCUGUCUGGAGUAGCUGCAAAGUCAUGCGUGCAUUUGAACCUGUGAAACGUGUGUGUCCCCCAGGCUUCACUGAGACCUACAACUGAGGUCUGUGUGCUCGUGGUCCCAGAAUGCGUGAUGCAUUUUUGGGAUGGAAAUAGUGAAUGACAUUGGGUGAGUCUGGGAGAUCUCAUCGUGCAGUUCUGUGCCCGUCUGUGCUUCUCUGCCUUCUUGCAGAAUCCUACCACCUGGUCAUGUUUAUCCUCUGUAAAGUUUAAUUUAAAUUAAAUGAAAGAACAUACCUGCCCUUUGCAAAGUCCUCUGAAUGUGUUGAGUAAGACUUGCAGUAUAACUGCCAUGGGAGUGCAAAAUAAUGACAAUAAUUGGCACAGCAAGGAUUUCCAUCCAUGCCCCACUGAGGAGAUAAUCAAGCUGAUAACCCAGUCCGGAAGUUUUAAGACUCUCUCUUAUUUAAAAUGGCCCAUUCUGCUCUGUAACCACUCUCUGAAAGUUCACACAGCAAGGCUCCCUUCUCAUCCUGAUUAAAACUCUGCUUUGUGAUUCCAAAUAAACUCUUUAAUUACAAUUAGUAUUUCCUGCGCCUGCUGCUGACGGCGGCCAUUUUGCUGAGCAGGCGCAUCAUUUGUGACUCCGGCGGUAUGGGAGCCUGAUGGAAGGGACUGUAAUUAAUCCCUUUUCCCAUCCUACUCUAAAACUGAUUAAAUACGAGAAGAACUUUAAACAAAAUGUCUAAUGUGUACCCAGGAAAGGCUUUUCCUCUAAGGAUCCCACUCUAACUGGCUGCUUAGGGGGCUGAUUAAUAUGUUGUCUAGAUACAAACACACCAAUUUUUCUUUACCUUUUCUCCCUGAUUACUAUUCACACACAAGCAUUAAUAUCCUAACAGCAUUAGCACUUAACAUCUGCAUAUUAAAGCACGCACACUUUUGCAUAUGGUACCUAUACUUUAUUUAGCUUUGCGCAGUUUUCAGUAUACCCUGACACACGGUCGUACAAAUCCCAGGAAUCCCCAGCAUCUCAACUGCACUGACAGUGCAACCUGCACUCCACAGGGUUUAUCUUCUUGUGUAAUGGAGGCGACAGCAUAUGGUAAAUGCUCCCUGCCUCCAAGGCUAUAACAAAAUUGCUAUGUUUUCUUCUUGCUGCCCAAAUACGAAUGGGGAUAUUUUUCCCUCUUUUCUUUUGUGUUUAAUUCCUCUGUAUUUCUCAUUCUGAUCUGAGGUUUCUUUUAUCUUGAGGCUGACAUUUGAAAGGCACAGUUUGUUGCUGAGGUGAAUUCAUGGUCCCUUCCCUUUCCCUUUCUCCUUCUCCUCU